UCCCCGCCUGCAGAGUCAGUGUGCGGUUUGGGAGAAAAUGUGUCGGAUAUUUUGGGGCGGUCACGUGGGCGGGCGUGCUCCGAGAGGCCCCGGGACAGUCCCAGCCUAGAGCCGUGCCCCCCUGGAGCCCCCAUUCCCGCAAGCCCCGGACGCGGCGACGCUGCGUCCCGAGACCGCCCGCGCCCGGAUCUCGGGGCUCCGCGGCCUCCCUUCCCCGCCCCCCUCCAGUGGGAUAGCAAGCCUGGACGUCAGAAGGGCAAGAAAGAGAUCCUGUAGCAAGUGACCCUGGCUGUCUGGGCCCAGGAGUGGUGAGGGACAAGUGAAUAGGAGCCGGGUCUGUGAAGUUCCCUUAAUCUACCCCUUCGGGAUUCCCUCGACACAGACACAUCCAGACACAUCCCCAACCACUUUCAGUUACUGCCUAGUGCCCCCAGCCUGACCCAGCAUGUAGGAGGGAAUCUCUGCAGGUGGCUAGAGGGGCUUGUGUCUGGGCAGCUGGAAUCCUGGUCCUCAACUCUGAAGCUCCAGUCAUUACAGUCACCUCCCAUGCUGAGGAGUGGGGUGGAGGAACACAGCCUAUAUCCUUGAGGACCCUUGGAGUCCCAGUGGGCCAGCCAGGCAAGGCGGGCACGGAGCCUCCCAGGCUGGGGCAGUGGGCAUGGGCAGGGGCUGUGGUUGAAGACCAGCCCCGCCCACUGCAGACCCCAGGGAACUCCCACACUGCAGCUACCAUGGCCACCAAUAAGGAGCGACUUUUUGCAGCUGGUGCCCUUGGGCCUGGAUCUGGCUACCCAGGAGCAGGCUUCCCUUUUGCCUUCCCAGGGGCACUCAGGGGGUCACCACCAUUUGAGAUGCUGAGCCCUAGCUUCCGAGGCCUGGGCCAGCCUGACCUCCCCAAGGAGAUGGCUUCUUUGUCGGUGGAGACACAGAGCACGAGCUCAGAGGAGAUGGUUCCCAGCUCACCCUCGCCCCCACCGCCUCCUCGGGUCUACAAGCCGUGCUUCGUGUGCAAUGACAAGUCCUCUGGUUACCACUAUGGGGUCAGCUCAUGUGAAGGCUGCAAGGGCUUCUUCCGACGUAGCAUCCAGAAGAAUAUGGUGUACACAUGUCAUCGGGACAAAAACUGUAUCAUCAACAAGGUGACCAGGAAUCGCUGCCAGUACUGCCGGUUACAAAAGUGCUUUGAAGUAGGCAUGUCCAAGGAAGCUGUGCGGAAUGACAGGAACAAGAAGAAGAAAGAAGUGAAGGAGGAAGGGUCACCUGACAGCUAUGAGCUGAGCCCCCAGUUAGAAGAGCUCAUCACCAAGGUCAGCAAAGCCCAUCAAGAGACCUUCCCCUCGCUCUGCCAGCUGGGCAAGUACACCACGAACUCUAGUGCAGACCACCGGGUGCAGCUAGACCUGGGGCUGUGGGACAAAUUCAGUGAGCUGGCCACUAAGUGCAUCAUCAAGAUUGUGGAGUUUGCUAAGCGGUUACCUGGCUUUACAGGGCUCAGCAUUGCUGACCAGAUCACUCUGCUUAAGGCUGCCUGCCUAGAUAUCCUGAUGCUGCGAAUCUGCACGAGGUACACCCCAGAGCAAGAUACCAUGACCUUCUCUGAUGGACUGACCCUGAACCGGACCCAGAUGCACAAUGCUGGCUUCGGGCCCCUCACAGACCUUGUCUUUGCCUUUGCUGGGCAACUCUUGCCACUGGAGAUGGAUGACACAGAGACAGGGCUGCUCAGUGCCAUCUGCCUCAUCUGUGGAGACCGCAUGGACCUUGAAGAACCUGAAAAAGUAGACAAGCUUCAGGAGCCACUGCUGGAAGCCCUGAGGCUCUAUGCCCGGCGCCGGCGGCCUAGCCAGCCCUACAUGUUCCCGAGGAUGCUCAUGAAGAUCACUGACCUCCGUGGCAUCAGCACCAAGGGUGCAGAAAGGGCCAUUACCCUGAAGAUGGAGAUUCCAGGCCCGAUGCCCCCACUGAUCCGAGAAAUGCUGGAGAACCCCGAAAUGUUUGAGGACGACUCCUCACAGCCUGGUCCCCACCCCAAGGCCUCCAGUGAGGAUGAGGCCCCUAGGGGCCAGAGCAAAGGGAGCCGGAGUCCCCAGCCUGACUAGGGCCCCUGAACUCCUCCACUGUGGGGUUGGGCUCCAGGCAGCAGACUGACCAUCUCCCAGACACCACCAGUGACUGGGAGAGGACCUGCUCUGCCCUCUCCCCACCCUUCAAUGAGCUCCUUGUUUUGCCAAAGUUUCCAGGGGUGCCUCUGAGUUCAUCCCUUUCUGUUCUGAUGGCACCCCUCCAGUCCUGGGAGCCUGCCCUGCUCCCAGCAGGAGAGAGGGUAGAGGGGUGAGCCUGGGUCUGGAUUGUAAAAUUGCAGCACUGCCCCUCAGAUCCCAGGGACCCUGGCUCCCCAGGGUAGGAGGAAGGCCCUGUUAUCCCACAGCCCCUUCCUCUGCUCUGUGCUUGGGCCUCUUCGAGCAAACAGGAAUUAUACAGAGAGCACAAGGGGGCCAGGUGGGCUGAGCCCAUCCUCUUGCCCUGCCCUUGGUGUCUAACGCUGUGUGAUGCACGCUGCCCUUGUGCCCAGUCUUCAUGCCAGGUUGGAAGGCUGGGGGCAGGCUGGGCCCUGCAUUUCUGGAGUGACACUUGAGGAUGAAAGGGCCAGAUGCAGGUCCAUUCUGCACCUCUUUUCUGGGGUGCAGUGUUUACCCAUGGCCUCCGUUACAAACCCCUCUCCCAGCCUUGUCAAGUGCCUUGGGCUCUUCCUGACCCCCAUCUCAGCCAUUGGGCAGGGACCCUCUACACUACAGAAGGGCCAGGGAUCCCUCUCCUCCUAGUGCCUUCCAUCUUACACCCCCAAAGCAGCUUGGCCCAGGAGGGGAGUUGCUGUUUAGCUGAUCCCACCCGGACCCAAGAAAGCCUCUUAUUUAUUUAUUAGCUUUUGUUUACACCCUGGAAAAACCCCUUCCUCUAGGGGUCUUGGGAGGGGGACUCCAGGACCUCUGACUUCUUCCUUCUUCCUCUAAUCCCCAGUUUGUAUUUAGCUGCCAAAUAAGAUUCCCGCUGGCUCCCCUUUUUCUCUGGGGGGUCAGGGUGCUGUUCCCCACCCCUCUGUUUACAUCUCCCCUUCAUCCCUCUGUAUCGCGUCUGCAUAUUGCUGAGUUUUCUAUUUUUGCAAAAUAAAGUGAUAGAAACUCA